AUGUCUAUACACGUACUUUUAUGGUUUAAAGUCAAUGCUUAAAAUAUGUAUUCAAUACUUUUCAAUAACAACAAUCUUCAAAUUUUUGAACCAAAAUUCAACAACUCUAUUAAUGGAUUACUCAAAAAAGCUCAAUAGAAGGAGAACAAUAGAAAUGAAGCAGUUACCUUCAGUCGAUACCGAAAAGUUUUAAAGAAGAAUGACUAUACAAAGGAUUCAUAAUUUCUUUUCAAGCUUGAUCUACCCCAUUUGAAAGAUCAAUGUUUUAUUAUCAAGUAAGAGACUAUCAAGGAUUUGAAGCAAGGUGAUUUAAUAACAAUAUUCUUGUUCAUUGACUUCACUGAUAUUAAAACCCAACUUAAAUAGAAUAUUGCCAGAGAUUUCCGAAAUCUAUAUUAUACAUCUGUAGCUCAUGACAUAAAAACACCAGUUAAUGGAAUAAUGGGGACAAAUCAAAUGCUUAUAAAAUCGUUUUCUUUGGAUCAUAACAUGAAAAAACUAUUGACUACUUAGAGUCAUUGUUGCAAAUCCUUAAUGUACUAUAGCAAUUCUAUUCAGGAUCUUGCAAGCCUUGAAAAUGGAACUUUUUAGCUAGAAAAGGAUUUCUUCUAAAUGCGUAGAAGUCUAAAUGAUGUUCUUUUUAUGCUUCAAGAAUAGCUUGGUAAUAGAAAUAUUAAAAUAAAGUUUUCUUGUCAUAACAACGUCCCAGAUCUUAUAUAUUCUGAUGUUAGAAGAAUCAAAUAAGUUCUUUAUCAAUUAGUUCAAAAUGCUAUUAAGUAUACUUAAAAAGGUACAAUAAAAGUUAAAGUUAAAGUUACUGAAAAUCUUCCUAUCGAAGGUCUGUAAAGGCCAUCAUUAAUAAGGUAAUAGUCAGUAAUUCAUGAGGUAGACGAAGAAGAAAAAGAUGAUUUUUCUCCUAAUUCAAGAAGAGCAUAAGGCAAAGAUAAUAAAAAAAGAAGAUCUCUAAGUUUAACGCAAAUUAAAUAAGACCCAAUGAACAAGUAGAAAGCUAUUAAUAAAUCUAAAAGAUUAAGUGCAGCUCAUAAAGCCAAUAAUAUUUAGAGAAAUAAUAUUAAUUCUCGACCUAGCGAUCAUGGAGAUGGGGGAACUGGGGGAAUAGAUGUCCCUAUCAAAUUAAAAUUAGAGUAAACAAAUAAUUCUCCAGAGAGAACGGAGUAGAGUGAUGGCACAUUUAAUGAGGACUCAAGCGAAAAUGAAGGUGUUGAAAUGAAGACUAGAUUGGCAAAUCAAGGAUCGAUUAACAAUAAUCAUUGCAGAUUUCUUAGAUUUGAUGUUAAAGAUUCCGGUAUUGGGAUUAAAAGAAAAGAUUUAAAAAAGCUCUUUGAAAUGUUUCAAAAAACUGGAGAAAAUAUUCAUCUCAGUGAUCACACAGGAGUAGGCAUCGGGCUUACACUUUGCAAAAAACUAUGUGAGUAACUAGGGGGGAUGAUUUACUUAAAAUCUAAGGUGAAUAAGGGUUCGAAGUUUUCUUGCUUCUUUAACAUAAGUAAACCUGCUGACUCAAAUGAUAAUUAUGAGUAAACAAGCCCUAGUAGUGAUAAUAGAAGUUAAAGUAGCAAAAGAUCGAAUUCUAAAUCUAGAUCGAGUCGAAAUAUGAAUUCAGAGAUACCUAAAUCAAAUAAAUAAAGAAAGAGUAAAAAACAGGUUAAAAACCCUAAUCUUUUAAGUCCUGAGAAAAGCAGCAGUAGCAGUGAAAGUGAAAGCAAGAGUAAAAGUGGAAGUAGAAGUAAAAGUAGAAGUAGCCGAGGUGGGAUGAUCAAAGUACAAAGUAAAAUUGAAUUGUCCCUUCGAGAGAGUAGUAGUAACAUAAUUAUGAACGACAAAAAUGCCUACUAAUAGCUAAAUUUCCACCUUGAUAAUAGUCUCGCAAAUAAGAGUAUCAAUAAUAGUAUAUUUAACAAGAGUUAACAUGGUGGAAACAUCCAAGUAUCCUAGAACCUUAAUAAUACUAGACUUGAUUCUCAAGAUGAGGACCCAAUACCUGAAGAGGAUGUAAACAUAGAACUAGAAAGGAAUUAACGAUAGCAUCACAAAUCUAUACUGAUUGGUUAAAGCAAGAUUGUUAAUUAUCAAAACUUACAUAAUCCUAAAACAGAUUUGAUAUAGUAUAUUGAAAGUCCUGUGAAAUUAAAUCCGCCCAAGAUAAAAUGUCAGAAAUGCACAGGAUAAAUAUUGAUUAUUGAUGACAAUUAGUUUAAUCUAGAAAUUGGAAAAUUAGUUUUUGAGUAGAAUUUUGGUAUAAAUUGUGACUUAGCUACAGAUGGGCAGGAAGGCUUUAAUAGAAUUAUAAGUAAAUCUAAUUGUAGAAAGUGCUAAGCCUAUAAAAUUAUUCUAGUUGACAUUAAUAUGCCUGUUCUUAAUGGAAUAGAACUCAUGAAAAAAUUACAGGUAGCUAAUAACCAAAACUUAAUUCAGAUGCAUCUCAGCUUUUACAUAGCCCACACAGCUUUGCCUGAAUCCUUUUUAGGAGAUAUCAAUACAUUUGGAUUCAAUAUGUAUAUGAGUAAGCCAACUCAAGCAAAAAGACUUGAAAAACUAAUAAAGCGUCUUAAUAUAGAUUGCAAAGUCAAUCAGUGA